AUGGAAAAUUUCGUCAUGAAAGAAGACAGAAUUGAGAAGUCUAUUGCAAUGCCCUCGUAUCUCCCACGAUUGUUUAUAGCACCAUCUUGUCUCCCCAAGUUCACGGAGGUGGUUGAAUUAGUUGCAGAGAUGAAGGCUAGGCUUUCGAGGAAAACCAUUCAACUCAAGGAAUCAACGGAUAAGAAAGAUAAAGAAUGCAUGGAGAAACUUCAUGACGAAUGUUCUUCAUUGCGUUUGGAGAUUUAUUUCUUGGAAAAUGAAGCUUACGUACUGAGGAAGGAACUGGUCCAGCGGAUUUAUUUGGAGGUAACAUCGGUGAAAGAGAUGAUGGCAGUUAACGAACUGAUGUCAGUUUCGGGUGUUGGAGCAACCCCUGAUAUGCAGUGCUUCGGUGGAAAGAUUUGCGUGGGUGAUAACUUUCCUAAAAACGUUAGCAAGGCAAUUACAGAUGCUCAAAGAUUGCAGCAAACCUUUUAA